AUGAUUGAAAAUAAUAAUUCUACGAAAAUAAAAAAAGUAUUAUAUGCUAUUGGAUGUUCACGGUAUAUACAUCGUGAUUUGCAAGCUAUAAAAAAUGGUGCCGAACAGAAUGGUUUUAUAUAUAUAGGAAAUCCUGUUUUGCCUGGAUUUAAAAAAAUAGAUGAGCCAGGUACUAUUAUAUCUAUUAUAUUACAACUUGAAGAUGGACAAACAGCCUUUGGUGAUUGUGUUGAUGUAAUAUUUGCAGGUGCAGCAGAAAGAGAUAAAAUAUUUAAUGCAGAAAAUCAUAUAGAUUGUAUUAUUAAAGAAAUUUCACCUAAACUUGUUGGACAGCAGUUAAAUAAUUUUAGAUAUCCUGCUUAUGAAUUUGAUAAAGAUAAAAACAUACAUACGGCAAUACGAUAUGGGGUUACUCAAGCAUUAUUACAUGCUGUUUCAUUAUCAUUAAAUUGUACAAUGGUAGAAGUUAUUUCUUCAGAAUAUAAACUUAAUAUUGCAAAGGAGUUAAUACCAAUAUUAGCAUCUUGUAAUAGAGAUGAUUUUAUGCAACUUGAUAGAAUGAUUAUUAAAAAAGUAGAUUUGUUACCACAUGCUUCAUUUACAGACGUAAACAAACAUAUUGGAUUAAAAGGUGAAAAAUUAAUUAAGUAUGCAACAACAGUUGUUAAUAGAAUAAAAGAAAUAGGUGAAAAAGAAUAUAAACCAAAAAUACAUUUAGAUGUUUAUGGGACAUUGGGUGAAUUAUUUCAAAUGGACUUUGAUUUAUUAUCUGAUUAUUUAGGUAAACUUCAAAAAAUCACUUUUCCUUAUGAUCUUCUUAUAGAGUCACCUAUUAUCGCAAAAAGUCAACAAGAACAAAUUUUAGGAUUUAAAAAAAUAAAAGGAUUAUUAAAUAAAAAAGGAAUUAAAGUAUCUUUAAUUGCUGAUGAAUGGUGUAAUACUUUUAGUGAUAUAAAAUUAUUUACAGAUGAGAAAGCUUCCGAUUAUGUUCAAAUAAAAACACCAGACCUUGGUGGAAUUAAUAAUACUAUUGAAGCAAUUCUUUAUUGUAAAGAAAAUGGAAUGAAAGCUUGUCUUGGUGGUACAGCCAGUGAAACUGAUCAAUCUUCUCGUAUAACUUCACAUAUCGCUCUUGCAUGUAAUCCUGAUUUUAUAUUAUCCAAACCUGGUUUUGGGGGAGAUGAAGGUAUCAUGAUAUUAAAUAAUGAAAUGUCUCGCACGCUUGCAAUAUUAAACGAAAUAAUACAAUAA